CGAUAAAGGGGGAGCGGGAGAUCGCGAAUCCUGCCCAGUUACACGAGCCCGGUCGCCGGCGUAGGAGCUUCUCGGCCUAGGUACUUCUGCCCAGUGAGAGCGGCCGACUCCGAGGCCGGCUCCAGCAAUGGCCUUUGCAAAUCUACGGAAAGUGCUCAUCAGCGAUAGCCUGGACCCUUGCUGCCGGAAGAUCCUGCAAGAUGGAGGGCUGCAGGUGGUGGAGAAGCAGAAUCUGAGCAAAGAGGAGCUGAUAGCCGAGCUGCAGGACUGCGAAGGCCUUAUCGUCCGCUCUGCCACCAAGGUGACCGCCGAUGUCAUCAAUGCGGCCGAGAAGCUCCAGGUGGUGGGCAGGGCCGGCACCGGCGUGGACAAUGUGGACCUGGAGGCCGCGACGAGGAAGGGCAUCCUGGUCAUGAACACCCCCAAUGGCAACAGCCUCAGUGCUGCGGAGCUCACCUGUGGGAUGAUCAUGUGUCUGGCCAGGCAGAUUCCCCAGGCGACGGCUUCGAUGAAGGACGGCAAGUGGGAGCGGAAGAAGUUCGUGGGAACAGAACUGAGCGGGAAGACCCUGGGAAUUCUCGGCCUGGGCAGAAUCGGGAGAGAGGUGGCCGCCCGGAUGCAGUCCUUUGGGAUGAAGACUGUCGGGUACGACCCCAUCAUUUCGCCUGAGGUCUCCGCCUCCUUCGGUGUGGAGCAGCUGCCCCUGGAGGAGAUCUGGCCUCUCUGUGAUUUCAUCACUGUGCACACCCCUCUCCUGCCCUCCACGACAGGUAGGUGUGUCCCUACCUCCUGGGUUGGCUGCAGAAGCCACAGACCAGUUGACGGCGGGGCCCCCAUGCGCGCCCUGCGCUCCGGCCAGUGCGCUGGAGCCGCGCUGGACGUGUUCACCGAGGAGCCGCCUCGGGACCGGGCUUUGGUGGACCACGAGAACGUCAUCAGCUGCCCCCACCUGGGCGCCAGCACCAAGGAGGCCCAGAGCCGCUGUGGGGAAGAAAUCGCCGUCCAGUUCGUGGACAUGAUGAAGGGCAAGUCCCUGGCGGGCGUUGUGAACGCCCAGGCCCUUACCAGUGCCUUCUCUCCACACACCAAGCCUUGGAUUGGUCUGGCAGAAGCUCUGGGGACGCUGAUGCGAGCCUGGGCUGGGUCCCCCAAAGGGACCAUUCAGGUGGUAACGCAGGGCACAGCCCUGAAGAAUGCCGGGAACUGCCUGAGCCCUGCGGUCAUCGUCGGCCUGCUGAAACACGCUUCCAGCCCGGCGGAUGUGAACCUGGUGAACGCCAAGCUGCUGGUGAAAGAGGCCGGCCUCAAUGUAACCGCCUCCCACAACCCCGCGGUGCCCGGGGAGCAGGCCUGUGGGGAGGGCCUCCUGACCGUGGCCCUAGCAGGCGCCCCGUACCAGGCCGUGGGCUUGGUCCAGGGCACCACGCCUGUGCUGCAGGCACUCAACAGCGCAGUCUUCAGACCAGAAGUGCCUCUCCGCAGGGGGCUGCCCCUGCUCCUGUUCCGGGCUCAGCCCUCCAACCCUGAGAUGCUGCCUACCAUGAUCGGGCUCCUGGCAGAGGCGGGCGUGCAGCUGCUGUCCUACCAGACCUCGGUGGUGUCAGACGAGGAGACCUGGCACGUCAUGGGCAUCUCCUCCCUGCUGCCCAGCCUGGAGGCCUGGAAGCAGCACGUGACCGAGGCCUUCCAGUUCCAUUUCUAACCGCAGGGCGCACCGGGCCCAGCCUCGGGGGCUUUUCCUGCCCACUGUGACCAGCAGGGAGAGGAGAUCGCAUUCCUAGGACCUGUAGUACAGCAAUAACCACCUAAUAAAAGGACCACCCCAGA